UCCAUUACAGUUCCCUCACCAAUAUUUUCACGACGAGAUACAGGCAGCAUGGGAUAUUUCUCCAUGGGCUAUGAUGGAUUUGAUAGGAAUCAUCACCAGAAACUUCAAAGAAGCUGGUUAAAGAAAUUUGGGUCUUUUCUACCUUCUAGUGAAAUGCAAAUGUUGGGUGACUAUUUAAAGCAUGACCUCGAACUGUUGGAUGGUUCUGAUCUCGACGAGUAUAGGUUGCGUGGUGCAUCUGCUGCAGCCCGCCAUGCACUUACCAUGGCAAAACUCAAGAGAGAAAAGGCACAUAGAUUAAUGUUCCGAGCAGAUGCAGCAGUCCACAAGGCUGUGUUUGCAGUAAUGACUGUUGUUGCAGUUAAAGCUUCUUAUAUGGAGUCAAAUGACAACCCAAAUGGUGACGAGAAGGAUGAUCUGAUGCGGAAAUUGAUCAGAGCUUUGAGUUGUGGAAUUGAAGAGUACUCAAGGCAUUGCCAUUGCUUUUGCCUGCUGGUUUUGCCAUUUCUUGUUAUGGUUGCCUGGAGCCCUUGUUGAUAGAUUCGAGAGAAAUGUUCUAACUGGAUGAUAGUUAUGGGUGAAAACAGAAGCAGCUUUGCACUUGUGCUUCACGUUGUUGUUGCGGUUUAGGUAUGGAGCUCUACAGUUUUUUACUGGCUAGUUCUUUUUCCCACAUCAGGUCGGCACAGCAGUUGUAUUGAUCCUACGGGUAAGGGUUUGUAUGGAAUUGGAAUUUUGGCUGCCGGUCGUUUUGUACAGAUUUUGUUAACCUUUUCUUCUUAGUCUUUGAUAGCGAAGUAGCAGUUGCCCAAAAUCAUACAUGCAUUACAGCUUCCUGUCUUACUGAAACGUUUGGAGCAUUUGGUAGAUAUGUAUUUUCCAAAAGAAAAGAUGUAAAAUGGAAAUUUCCUAUAGGUAAUCAGUAUCGAUCUCAUAAAUUUCCGAAGAGAUUAGUUAGUGCUGCUCUUCUGCAAUAUAUAUUGACAUCGUUA